AUGGAUUCAGUAUUCUCCACCAUUCUCAUCAUUCUCGCUAUUCUCUUCAUCACCUUCAUGCUUUCACUCAUGCUCCGUUUCCUUCAACUCCGCAUAAAUCGCCGACGUCUCCUCUCCGAUUCAACACCACCGCGAUCACCACCACCAUUGACGACGAUUGUUACUGAGUCGCCUCCAGCUUCACUAAACAUCGACUCACUCCCUCCGAUUCCGUUCCAUUUCACCUCCGAUUCAACACCACCGUCGUCGCAACCACCUCAACCUGCGCCGGAAAUACAACGAGCAAUCGAUUCACUUCCUACGUUUCAUUUCUCCUCCAUUUCCACGACCGCUACCGCCACUGCCGACUGUGCAGUUUGCCUUACCGCGUUCAGCACCACUGACCUCCUCCGCGCUCUCCCUAGGUGUUGUCACGCCUUUCACUCCGACUGUAUUGACAAUUGGCUCCGUUCUUCCAACCUCUCAUGUUGUCCGCUUUGCCGUUCCACAAUUUUCGCUUCAGAAUCCGACCUCGCGGCGAUUCUCCGAUCACCUUCCGACAGUUUCCGAGUUGAAAUUGGAAAUGUGACUUAUCCAGAAGCUGUCGGCGGAGACGCAUUGUCAUCAUAUUCCAUUGGAGGAUCAUUCGAUUAUCGUGUAAUGGAGGUAUCGCAGGUUCCGGUGAGUGCAGUUUCAUCGCGAACGGGGUCAUUUCGUGGUUCUGGAAGGUUCUUCGGUGGAAGUAGUCGCAGAAUCGAAGCUAACAGAAUAGGUGAGGAGAUUACCGAAAUGUUUCGUUGGCUUUCAGGGGAUUAUUAG